AUCGCGUAACUUCAACGUGCUCCGCCCCACUGUAGUGAAGGUGUUUCCGCCAAGAUGGUUGUCGGUGCCUUCCCUAUCGCCAAGCUCCUCUACCUCGGAGUGAGGCAGAUGAGCAAGCCUGUAGCGAACCGGAUAAAAGCGGGAGCCCGGAGAAGCGACUUCUUCAAGAAUUACGUCUGUCUGCCGCCGGCGCAGCUUUAUCACUGGAUUGAGAUGAGAACAAAGAUGCGGAUCAUGGGUUUUCGGGGUUCCACCAUUAAGCCACUGAACGAGGAGGCGGCUGCAGAGCUCGGAGCAGAGUUGCUUGGAGAGGCAAUCAUCUUCCUCAUCGGUGGCGGAUGUAUGGUGCUGGAGUACAGCAGGCAGGCUGCUAACUCUCGCCGUAAAGAGGAGGAGCUGAAUGAGACCAUCACAAGCCUACGAACUGAACUAGCAGAACUAACACUAACUACAGAGACUAUGGAUGCUCAGCUGAGAGAGAUCAACAGGCAACUGUUGUCCUUUCCUGUUCCCACCCAAAAGUGAUUAAAUGUGUUCUUUGCUAUAUCGUGGUACUCUUUGUUGGUCAAUGAGUGUGGGGAACAAGAGUCUACCAACAUAGUACUGCCAUAUGUACAGCCUGAUAACAGCCCUGCUUCAUACACUGUCCUCUGACCAUAAAGCUGGGUCUAAAACGUGGACAUAAGCAUAUCAGUGCGCUGUGGAUUUGGGUGUUUAUAAUUAGCUCAUGUUUUGAGCAACUAGUUGUAAAGGGGGAUUGCUAUGAUAUUCAUAGUGUAUUUCUAUGGUUGAUCUUGCAUGUUCAUUAUAACGUUGACUGUGUAAAGAUUUACAGUACAAGGCAAUGGUGAUCUCAAAGUUAAUAUAUUUGAUAACAGCUCCAGGAUAUUACUUUCACUGACAUUCUCUAAUCUAAUUUCAGUGAUCUAAGAGGAAUCACUGAACAUAGUAAUUUCACUGAUCCUCUUGGAGCCCUUAGGAGAGACUUCAAUUAUGACUGACACUAGAUUAUAAUAUCUAACGCCACUCAGAAAUGAGAUACAAUCCAUGCACUCCAUUGAAGGCCAAAAAUGACAACAAAACUAUAACAUUGGGACACAUCACUGGAUUAUUUGGUGUCUGCCCUCUUCAACAGUUUAAUGGACAUGUUGUAAUUACACUGUGAAUUCCUUUGCUGGUCCAUGUACAUUGGAUGUGAUGACAACUGUAAAAGGAUGGUGUAAAAUAAAGAAAAUGGUAUGCAGUCUGCGAA